AUGUCACUCGUUGCAGACUAUGGAAGCUCAGAUUCCGAAGAUUCCGAUGUAGAAACCACACUAGUACCAAAGAAGCCUUCCUCAUUCGCAUCGUUACUGCCUCUACCAAAAAAGAAAGCAACAACAACGCCUACUAGUUCGUUUGCAUCCUUACUCCCAGCUCCAAAACAGGCAACUCCAGAAAAACCCGUGUUUUAUGUAGAAGUACCCUCGAAACAUAAGGAUUUAGAAGAGGAUGAAGAAUCGACCAAGAGAUCCAAGAAAUUAAAAUCAUCGGGUGCUACAGAUUUUGCAGAUCUACUUCCUGCGCCCAGAAAUACAUCCUUACACAAAUCUAUUGUACCCGUCACAAAAAAAACUACCGAUGCAUCUCUCAUGCCACUCGCAUUGGCACGAAAACAAAAGGCAGCCAGGGAAAAGAAGGAAGCACAGGAGAAAGCAGAGGCAGAAAAGUUAUUGAAAAGCAUCCCAAAGGUUAAUUCAGCACCAGAACAUGAAGAAGACGAAGACGAUACAGCUGUAGAGCACACUGGAUCGUUUUUCCCACUAGGCCCUGAAGUUUCAAAGAUACCUGCUUAUACUCUUCCUAUCCCAAAGAAGAAAACACUGAAUACAGAUAUGGCAGAUAAAAGGACCACGUCAAAAUCCGAAAAGGUAGAACCAGAACUAAAAAUGGAAACGACAUCGGCAGCGGCAGCGGCAAUGACAACUACAACGGCAACAGCAGUAGAUGCAUAUGCAUACUCAUAUGAUCCAAAUGCCAUGUACGCUUAUGGAACCGAUACUUCGGCAUACUACCAACAACAUUACCUGGAGGCCAAUCAAUAUGGUGGUGACCAGUCACACAAUGGUGUUGACUCGAAUACCGAUGAAGUUGAUGCUGAUGCGCUUGGAAGAUUGGCAGGCAAAAGAUUCAAGGGGCAGGACUCUGGUAUUCAAUUCAAGACAAUUAACCAGGCAGACAUGCUCCCAACAGAGGAAUGGCGGAUGGCUGCACUUGCGUCUACUCCAAAAUUCACCAAUGAUGGCCCUGCUAUUACGGCAACUACAGCGCAGAAAAAGCGAAACAAUCUCAUGGCAUUGGCUGCUCAGGCUGUUGAGAUGCAAGAGAAACUAUCUGAACAAUACGCAGAGAAUAAAAGAACCAAGCGUGAGACGAAGAACAAAUAUGACCUUGACGGCCGAGAUCUCAAUGAAGAGCAAGAUGGUAGGAAAGGCGAGAAUGAACCUUAA